CCAUGUUACCGUGCAGCGAGCAGGACGUGUCGUGUGUCUAACGCUCUGUGCUAGCGAAUCCGUCUCUCAGAUCGCAUUUGCUUCGAGUUUGGGGACCCAGCAUGUAUUUUAAUUCAUUGUUUUUGUGUAACCAACUAUUUGAAAUAUGCUUAGAGUGCUAUUACGAUACUGUGAUAACGUGAAGUGUGUUUAUAUUUAAUGUUUAUAAUUAGUUAUUUGAACUGUUGUUGUUCGCAUCUGCAGGACUAAAGGGAACACAAUCACGAAUAUAUUUCUCAGGUGGAGGAACGAUGGCGGACAACCCCAAUGGUUCUCUGCAGGGAGCAAUCGCCCAAGGACACGUGACAUCCAGCCCUUUAUCGGUUGGCCACGCUUCAACACCGCCUUCGGCACCAAAGACCGGAAGUCAACAUCAGCAACAACUCGGUAACAGGGAAGGGACACCACCGCGCGGCCCAAGAACCCUUCUCCUUCGACGUGGUGAAAAUGGAUUCGGCUUUACACUGCGACACUUUAUCGUCUACCCGCCCGAGUCCUGCUACCAGAUGCUACAGGGACACGAGCGGGCGCGAAUUGACGAGCCUAUGGACACGAUCUUCGUGAAGCAAGUACGAGCAAAUUCUCCGGCAUCAGAAGCGGGACUGAGAACCGGUGAUAGAGUCGCAUCCGUUGACGGUGUUCCCACAAGGGGUGAACAAUACGCACGUGUUAUUCAAAGAAUUCAGCAGGCGGGUCCCUGGCUACGUCUUAUCGUCGUUUCGAAGGACGACGACAUUUUGCAAAGGUAUUUCGGAGAGACGGCGCACAACCCCGAAACGAAUCAACGACCACGCCUUCGGUCACCAGACAGAGUACCACAAAAGCAGCGCAGAUCCGCUAGCAUGAUCCCAGGUCCCACGUCUCAUAAUAGACAAUCUUGGGUUUGCUCACCACCGGGUUCUGAAAAUCAGGGUACGACACAUUCUUACGGAAAGUCAGGUCUGAGAGAAGAUUUGUAUAAGGAUAGUAAAAUGCUCGCACCCUCCCAACGGAGACCUCUCGAAGCUCAUAAUCAAGAGACAUUGUACGAUCACCCCGAAAGACCACAAAGAAGACAAAAAGAACAAUUAAAUCAAACACCCCAGCCUUACAGACCGCCGCCGGACUCGAGAUUUGAUUUAUACGAUCGAACGAGACCUGAAUCGAUCUACUCCAGGCCGAACCCAGAGCAGAUAUAUGACAGGAUCAAAGAUCCAAUUUACGAGAGAGUCAGACCAGAUAUGUUUAGUAAAUCUUUAGACCAGUAUCCGAUGUCUAGAGCGGAACCUCAGGUCCCAAUUUAUAGACCUGGUAGAAGAAUUGUCAGCAGAAGGGCGAGCGAAGGUAGCGGAAUGGGAAAUGACGUGGAAUCUCCCGUCUAUGGAAGUAUGGAUGCGUUGAAAUCCAGUAACCCGGGGUCUAGACUGAGCAUGGAUUCCAGAAGAGAUUCGUCCCCGGCUAGUAAAGAGAGUCUUUCGUCUUACGAUUCGAAUUCGACUCUGACUGGCUACGAGUGCUCGGAUGAUUCUAUAAUCAUGUCUAGAUUGAGAAGAAGCUUUGAACAGAAAGAAGAGUUUCUCCGUAGACCGAGCCAUCCUAUAGGAUGGUUAACGCCGGAAGAAGCUGCUAGAGCAGCUCAACAAAACCAUGGGGUUAUACAGCGAGAAUUUUAUGCCAGACCACAAAAACUUCAAAGACAAGUUUGGCCACCUAACGAACCACAGCCUAGACAACAAUCUCCGACCAGAAAUACAUCCGAGCGAAAUGCGAAGAGUACGAAACCCUCGAAUCAGAAUAGUCAGAGAAUAAGAGGUGAUAUUGACAGCGAAACUGAAACUGAGUAUUCCAACCAAAACGAUCGGGAGAAUGAUCAUCCCGGGAUAGAAGAGAUCCAAGCAAUCAGAGAUCAGUUUUAUUCUUCACUCUACGAUAGCAAUGGUCAAUUUGUUAAGGAAAAUCAUUUCAAGUAUGGACCAUCCGGUAAUAAUGGGAAUAAGAAUAACGACGUUCAGUUCAGAUCUGGAGGUACCAGAAGUGGUAACAAGGCUGCAUUUGUAACAACAUUAUCUCGAAUACAUGAGAAUGUAACUGCACAUCAACCAGGUCACGAUUUGAGAAACGGCACAUCAUCUCUACCAUCAUCUCCUGGGCCGGAGAAAAAAAAUUCAGACAAAUUCUCCGUACCACCUCAAGGAUUACAAAUAGUAUCUCGGAGAGCUAAACAGUUCGAGUCGGGACGGCUGCUAAGCGAUGAUGAUGAACCGACGAGUGAUAGAACUAAUUUAUACAAAAGUGAAUUAUCUAGGUUAUCAAGUAAACGAAGUGUUCCUAAUGUGGCUGUUAGAAAAAGAGAAUUCGAGUCUCGAGCCGAGUCCAGAGAAAAUCGCAGGAUACCCAGCCAUCGAGAGAGUAAAUCCUUGGACGCAGGAAAGGAAUUAUCGGGAAACAGAGUGAUUCCCGUAGGCAGCAAGUACAUCCAUUGUGAACCACCGGCUGGAUAUAGGGAAAUCAAAGAAAUGCCCGCUAUGGAUACCGAACCCGUUCAUCUAAGGGCGCGAAGUAACAGCGCAGAAUCUUGGGAGGCUGUGAAUGGAACAUCGCGAAGAAACGCUAGACACACUUGGCAAACGGAGGAAGAAGAUGACGAGGGAAAAAGAAAUAAAGCAAAACGACAAGACAGUUACUUGCAAGCAGUUAGAGCGCAGCUAGAUCGAGCACCUCAAGAAAGUCUGAUGCGUCGUCACGAUGCGAUACGCGAGGGUCCCGGAGAUCCCGAUGGCCAACCACCCAAAUCCGAAGAUCCCAACGACCCUCUUUUUCCCACCCCAAUUUUGGAUCUAAAUAGAAAUUCCGAAACCAAGCAACAAACUAAAACUCCACACAUAAUUGUCAGCUCUCCUCAGCCUAUUAGACCAAAUCAAUUAACCAUAAUAAACCCUUUAAGACCCUCAUCGCAAAGUCCAGAUAACGAUUCUGGUUUCCUCGCACCUACCGAGUCGGACGUCGAGACGCCCGAGGGCAUUGGUCAAAUCCUAGCUCCUGCAGCGCCUACAAGUUCACCGCCUACAAAUGGCGUUGUUAUAAGACGACAGAAAAAUCCACAAGCUCAACAAAUCAGUGACGAGGAUCGUGCAACGCGGAGAGUUUCAUAUCUUAAGGCUACAUGGGGAGAACGUAUGCACGUGGACAGUGAUCUUGAAUUGAGUGAUUCGGAGCCAGUUCUUUCUAUAAGAAGUGCCCAUAGGCGAUGGCGUCCGCCUCUGUUUCCCGGUGACAUUACACCCCUUCGACGAAUCUUCGAGGACGUUACACAGGCGGCGUCCCUUAAUCGUCUGCACUCGCAUCGCAACAGCAUUGCCGGAGGUCAUGGGGCGUCCGGUGCCGUCGCGACGCUGAAGGACGCCGAACCUGUCGAACGAGAAGGUCCUCUUCACAUAAAAUACACCGUAAUCGAAGGAAAGAGAUCGACAGACCGUUCAUGGAAACAAGUUUGGGGAGUACUUCGUGGUCCCAUUCUAUACUUUUACAAGGAUCGCCACAGUCAGAGUCCGUCGUCGACGGGCGACGGUGAUGCAGGACAGAAUGUGGACGUACGAUGCUCACUCGUCGAUGUUGCCGAUGAUUAUACAAAAAGAAAACACGUACUUAGGGUGGCUAAUCCAUCGGCAGAGGUCUUACUUCAAACGGAAGAUGCAGCCUCUAUGGCAUUAUGGCUACGAGGACUCCACAAACAUGCUGCAAUUGAAAAGCCAUCGGACACCGCUUCGAGUACUUCAAAGCAGCAAGCUGUACCUCAGACACCUGGCCCAACGACACCAAGUGCGAGUGCAGCCGCGGCACAAAGCGGUCAAAGAUUGAGUCCGCUGCCUAGCCACAAGGGUAUAAGAAAAUUAACAUCGUUCAGAAAUCGUUCUCCAACUGGGCAAUCACCGGUUAAUAAAACGAGAAAGCCUAGUCAAACGAUGGAAUCUUUACCGUCGCCAAAAACCAAAACUUGGAAAGGCCGAGUGGCUAAACAAUUUAGAAGAAUGCAUGGUCAAGCUGGAUCUCCAUCUUCUCCUACAUCACAACUUCCCCCCGAAGGAGCUACUUUCAAAAUACCCCUUGAGCUAUGCCCGCCAUCUGGAUUCUCAGAGUUUGUACCAUUGAUAGUUGAAAUGUGUACUAAAAUAGUCGAGGGUCGAGGGCUCGAGGUGAUUGGAAUAUAUAGAGUACCAGGAAAUACCGCUGCGAUAUCCCAACUGACCGAGAGUGUUAACAAGGGUGUGGAUAACAUCAAUUUACAGGACCCAAGAUGGAGCGACGUCAAUGUGAUAUCAUCUUUAUUGAAAUCCUUUUUCCGUCAGUUACCAGACUCACUACUGACCGCCGAACUUUACCCAAUGUUCAUAGACGCAGAUAAAAUAGAAGAUCCUCGAAGGAGGAUGGCAACUAUACGAAAACUAUUGCGAGAAUUACCUGAACAUCAUUUUGAAACAUUGAAAUAUCUACUUUUUCAUUUGAAAAAAGUUGUAGAUCAUAGCGAAGUGAAUAAAAUGGAAGCCAAGAAUUUGGCGAUUGUAUUUGGACCAACAUUGGUUCGAGCAAGUGGAUCCCGGGAUAAUAUGGUCACGAUGGUUACCGAUAUGUCACAUCAAUGCAGAAUUGUUGAGAGUUUAUUGAAUAACGUCGACUGGUUCUUCUCAGACGAGGAUUUGGACGAUUUGAGUCGACUGAGCGUAAAUUUAAGCCUACCCGCAGAUGAAAGUGAAGUUGAACCUACAUCGAGCACAAACCACAAUCUCCUCCUAAAUAAUAUCCAUAAAGUUGAAGGCAUGCGCGAAAUGGUCUCAGCUAGGGAUAUUGUAUCCUCAAUCAUAUCCGCAGCUAACAGGAAAAUACAGAGGAGACGUAAUAGGCAAGAUGAACCAGAAAACGAAGAACACGAAGAUGAUAAGUCAAGAGCAAAACAAGAAACUGACAGCUCCACUGCAAUGAGACAAAGCAUGGCUUUGACCGAACGUCAAUGUUCGGUUAGCGAAAUCGUGUCCAUGCAUGAGCAUAAAAGUCAGCCAAAUCAUUCGACAAGUUCUGGUAAUCAAUCUAAUGGAAACGGUAUUACAAACUGUGCCUCGACUCAGUCAAAGUAUUCGACAAUCAACCAACAGCAGCCCGCCGUUCCAGCAUCAUCCGAAUCCCCUCGAAUAUCAGAAGAUGUAUCCCAAAUUUCUUACGACACGAUAUCAAACAUGUCUAAUCUUUCAAACGAUACAAAACAAAGUAACGACGAAGUUACUAUAAUCACUUACACUGGUUUGAGUGCAACGACUAAAGAACGAAUACGAAGAUUUGAACAGGAAACUAAAGCGAUGCUACAAAGAGAUCAACAUCGACAGAGACGAGAAGCAGAAAAACGCGAGGAAGGUAAAAAAAGGAUCGAUAUGGAGUGGCAGUUGGCUAAGCGGGAAAUGGAAAAUGAUGACAUACUCGAUAAUAUUGUCGAUAACACUGUAACGCCUACUUUCUUGUCGGAAAGAUUGUCUAGUUUAAACGAAAGGCUCGCCGACAGGUCAUUAGAAAUUAAUGACAAACGGAACCAGCAAUCUAGAUCUACAACAAGGCAAUCAACUGCUUCAAUAGCCGUUCAAAAACAACCAACUCCUCAACAAAAAGCACAAGCAAGUAGCCAACUCGCUAGUAUAUUAGGCGAGAAAAUGAAUAAUGGCAUUGUAAAAAAAUUCAAGACUGAUAAGGAGCCAUCGAUGGAUUCUUUGUAUCUUCCACCGGUGCGUUACGGUAGUCUAGACUCCUUACACGAGGUUCACUCCCACCCAUCGCCAUCACCAUCUCACCAGCACCGUGGUUUACCAGGAGAUGUCUCAGAUGAUGGUAGUGAUCUUUUAACUAGCCUGACGUCAACGUUUGACAGAAAAUGGAAAUCACUCGUCAAUCCAAGCAGCCAGCUAACACCGUCUGAUGGAACCGUAAUUGUACCAGACAAUCGUGAUAGUUUAUGUUCAGUAUCUCAUCAUCCAACGGAGGUUUACCGCGACCCAAGCCUUCAUAAAACUCCUACAGACAAGGGCCAUCAUAGCUCACACUUGAAAAAUGAUGCCCUAGAAAAGGAUACAGACUCAACUGUUACUCCGUCACAAUCUGAUACAACAACACCAGAUAAUGAUCGCACGAUAAAAAAACUAUCAGAGACAAAUAUAACUGUGAAUUUAUUAGCUGAGAAUAAUACGGUAAUAGAUGCUGCAGAAAAAGAUGAAAAUCCAAAGAAAAGCAACUCAAAGACUGAUGUAUCCGAUCUGCCUUACGGUUCAAAAUUAAAACGUUUUGAAUCAUCUAUACCUAAGGUUGAAAAGACAAGAAUUCAAAAUGAUGACGGCGCAGGGUGUGUAAGCCCAAAUCAAAGUAGCAGUGAUACUAAAUUAGAAGAGACUAAAUGUCAAGAUGUUGAAAUCGACGCAUCAUCGUAUUCGAACAAAUUAGAAAAAUUCGAGAGCCUUAGUCAGAGUAAUUUGGAAUCUAGAUCAAGACUUAAAAGAUCAGAAUCGUUGAAUAAAAAAUCCGAUAACGUCACUUCAAAAUUGAAAAGAUCAGAAAGCUUAAAUAAGCAUUCAGACCGAUUAGCAUCACCCACUAACAGUAAAUUGAAACGUUCUGAAAGCUUGAAUAAGCACUCUGAUAGAUCGGAGUCACCUAAUAGUAAAUUGAAACGUUCAGAGUCACUUACAAAAACGGAAAAAACCGAAUGUAAUAUAAACAAAAGACGUCAAUCGAUAAGGAAAGAAGGUGGUACUAAGUUGAAGAGAAAAAAUGGAAUGCCUGAACGAUCUAUAAAAAGAAGACACACUGUUGGCGGUACAAAAGAUUUCGACAAAGUCCAUUGGUUAGAUAAUAAAUUACAAACAGAGGCUGAAAAAGUUGUUAAAAAUGGUAGCAGCAAGCCUAAAAAAAGUCAACUCCGGACAAGUUCUCCAGAUCUAAGUAGUAAUAGAGUAAAUGUUGCUGACACAAGCUUUCUCAUUGAAGUUAGUUUCCGAGGACCUAGUAACGUGGUAUUUAAUGUUACUAAUGCACGCCCACAAUCACUUCCUGAUGCUAACUUAGCUUCGAAAGUAUUUAAGGUACCUCUCGAAAGUCAUGUUUAACAAACAGAUGGAAAACAAUAUUAUGUUUGUUAAUGAAAGUACAACAGGAGGUAUACAAAUUGAUAAACCUCAUUGAAUUAGAUUCAUGGAAUAAUUCAUUGCAUACAAAAUUCAAAGAAGCUAUCAAGCACUCAUGAUUUUUGUCAGAUGAUGAAUCAAGUCAGGAAGACAAUUAAUUUCGAAAAGUAUCAUGCGUAUUUUUUCACACUACAGUAUUAAAUAAAGUCUGUAUUGAAAUCAUUAAUCAUCAUCAGCAUAACUCAUUCGCGUGUAAUAUUCUAAGGUUCAAAUAUCUGAUAAUGACGUCAUAUCGAAUAUUCACUAAACCGUACACACGUAAACAUACAUCAAAUUCUUGUAAAUAGAUUUCGUCUUAAAUUGUAAGGAUAUUAAUCGAUUAAAUUUCAUUGCAAUUGUGUCGUUGUCUUGAAAUAUAGGCUGCUUUAAAAGUCUUCCUGAUUUGCCAUUCAAUCAAAUUAUUUCUUUGUAUUAUUAAAAGACGAUAACGCAACGCAUCAAUCUAUCAAUUUCAUAUAAAUACCUGUGAGAUAUUAUGAAUUUUCAAUAUUCUAACAUUUGAAUCAACAAUUUUGCUGUUUUAUCCCUCACAUAUUCAAUAAUACAAGUCAAACAAUGAAGUUUCUCUCGAGAUAAGUCGUCGACUCAAAAGACAAGUUCACAUAUCUAAAUAAACUUGACUUAUUUAAUAAUUUAUUUUGAAAAACCAUUGAAAAGAAAUCUAUCAAUUGUAGAGAAUUAACGUCAAGUGAAGAGAGGAAAUAAUAUUAUUUCAUAAUGUUUGGAGCUAUACCAUUACUGGUAUUCUACACUGUGUCAAUUAUUUACACAUAAUUAGUAAAUUGUGAUUGUGCAAUUCGUAUGUAUAUAGUAUUCAAGGAGGAAAAAGAAGAGAUUUUUUAAACUGUAUACAUUAAUGGGUCGUGAUAAGUUUUAUAGAAUACAGAAAUUUUAACUUUGAAUUAAUAAUUCAACUAAUAAUUUUACGAUCUAUAAUUAUUGAAUAUGCACAGAUUUCCUAUGUAGAUUAGUUAUGAUUUUGUAGAAAAAUAAUUGUAAAUUAUCAUAUUACCUGAUUUUACAUCUUACCCCCUCUCCAGUUAAUACAUUUUAAUUUGAAACUUAUUAGAAAAAACAAACGAAUCUAUUAUACCCGUAGCUAAAACUGCUGAUUAAUUAUAUACUGACGCAUGAAAAUAGAUGAUUAUUGUUUGUACAUAGAAAAAUCAACAAGAAAUUGGUAAAAGACAGUGUAAAGAUGUAAUUGAUAUAAUAUACGUGGACUCUUUGUUUCGUUCCUCAUUAUACCUUUGGUUUAUUUUUGUUUUUUGAGUGACAUGGUUGAAUUUUUUCAGUCGUUAGAAUCACGCCAUGAGGGUUGAUAUAGAAUAUUCGAGGGUAAAAAAAAAGUUGAAACAAAAAGAGUUGAAAAAUAUUUUCGUAGUGAAAAUAUAAUAAUAAUGUGAUAAAAUUGUGUCUCUCUAUGAAUAUUACCUUGUUAGUUAUGCAUACAUAUAAUUUAUGUUUUUUGUUGUGCUAAAAUAUUAGUUUAGUGGUUGGGGACAUUUUUUUCUUUUUGAUUGUUAUUUUUCUUUCUAUGAUAGGUUAUUUGAAUUAUCGAAACUAAUUAAAAGAAAUCAUGUUGACAGAAAGCAUAAUAAUAUUAACAAUUAUCGAGCAUUUCAGUGUUAUGUUUGAACAUUUAAUCUAUAUGAUAUACAUGUAUAGAUAAAAUUAAUAAAAAUUGAUAGAGGAAAAGAAGAAUGAUAUCGCGCCUGACAUUGCUAAUUUUAGUAUCAUGAAAUGUCAUAAUUUUAUGUUAGUAUGAAUUUUCACCCCGUUCAAAUGCUCUACGUAAUUUGCAAACCUUCAAAUAUCUCGGAUUAAUGUGCUUACAAUAGACUCUCGAUAUGAUAUGCGAUCCCGAUAGAUAUCUAGUAUAUUAUGUAUAAAUAAAUUAAGGUGUAUGCAAUAUGGUAUACUUUACUACUGCAUAAUAUUGUCAUGCGUAUUACUGAGGCCACUAGACGUCAUAAUUAUACCCAUCAAUCAUGCUAUCUACGCGUUUUUUAGUAAUCGAGAUAAGUAGACCUAUACUAUAAAGUAAAAAUAACAGUAAUGGUAAAACUCUAGAGAGCAGGUUAAAAAUACGGUACGGAUAAUGAAGAUUACAUACGGAAUAGUUGUAUUGAUUGAAUAUAAUGCGAAAGCAAAAAAAUUCAAAUGAUAAAUUAUUAUAUAAGACGUUUUUACGAGAAUAAAAGUAAAAAAUGAAAGAAAUAAAUAAUAUUAAGUGUAUAAAUUAUUGAAAUUGGCUAUUAUGUAACGUAAAAUCAGGCGCUUUUUGCGAAUGCAGUAAUCAGAUAUUUUCUACGAAAAUAUACAAUCUGAAGCUGGUUAAAUGAAAUAUUAAUUGUAAAAAAGCGUCGCUGUCGCACGAACUGGAGCUUAACAUUGGAGAAAAAAAAUUAUCUUGCCAAAUGAAGACGUAAAAUGACGAAUGAAAUUCUAAAAUUAAAAAGGAAAAGAAAGAAACUUUCUACCAAUUCUGUAAAUAUAUGUAAACUGAAAUCUUGAAUGAUGAUGAUAAGUAUUUAUUUCAAAAUGGUAAUAUUAUUAUUUAUUAAGUCGCAUAUAAUAAUGUUAAGUAUGUUGUUUAAGAAUUCUGUAAUAUUGUACGGAGGAUUGUAUUUGUAAAUAAAUAUAUUAUUAUGAGAA